AUGAUGGCCAACUCCACUGCACGAUCUGGUUUCCAACUGGCCAACGGCAAGCCGUAUAUGCUGGAGCGGACCUACUCAGCCACCGCCCGCCUCAACUACCAGCAUUAUCUGUUCAGAGAAUGUGUCAAGUUCAAUCUUCAUCCUUCGAUUCCCGUGCCGCCCAACGCCCGAAUAGCCGAUGUCGCCACAGGCACGGCAAUCUGGCUCUUUGAACUUGCCCGGGAUCUUCCCACCGCCACUUUCGACGGCCUGGAUAUCAGUCUGGACAGCGCGCCGCCAGCGGAGUGGCUUCCCCAAAACGUCACGCUGCGCCAAUGGGAUAUCUUUGACGACGUGCCGCCCGAUCUGGUGGGCGCAUACGACGUUGUCCACCUCCGGUUCUUCAUGCUGGUGGUCCGAGAGAGUGAUCCGAUCCCGGUGAUCCGCAAAGUCUCCACCCUGCUGAAGCCCCGGGGCUGGAUCCAGUGGGAUGAGUUCAACUAUCGGGAUGCACACAUCAUCUCGGCGAAUGUGAAGGUCGAGCAGCUCCCCGCGAUGGAGCAACUGCGACAGUUUGCGUAUUCUGAUGGCCGCAACAACUGGACGCUGGAUAUCCCGCGGCACCUGCGGACCGAAGGCUUUGUCCAGACGCAACUCUUCCAGUAUCGCGAUCUGCCAGAACGGGCCAAGGCCAACAAUGAGGAAUAUAUCAUGUGCUUGGAGGAGUUUGCCAGCCGGCUGGACCGAGAAGGAGAGAGAAAGCAUGCACAGGAGGUAUAUGAGCUGAUUGGAAAGAUAAGUGACGAGUCUCAGAGGGGAGCAGCACUGCUAAUGGACCGGAUCGUGUGCAUUGGACAAAGGGGAACUCCACAAAGUCGGCUGUAG